ACCACAUAACUCCUGGUGCAGCAAAGAGGUUCUCCUUCUGCAAGGCAUUUGCUGGACUCCUGAAAAUAAUUUUUAAUAACAUGGCAGAGAAGGAUUUCAUCAGUUGGCAUCUACUGGCUUUAUUUUUUCUUCCAUUUUGCCUGUGUCAAGAUGAAUACAUGGAGGUGAGCAGAAGAUCUUAUAAACCAGUGGCCAAAGUUUUGCAAAGUCACCACCAGACUGGCCAUAAAGGUUCCAGAAGCAGGGAAAUAUUGAAACAGCGGAGCCAACUUGUAGAAUGGACUGUUGAUAAUAGCACUUCUACAGACCAAAAAGUCCUGAGACCAGAGGUAGAUGAUGUAGAACUGACUACCUCAGAUAGAGUCCAGCCUCCACAGACUGGACCACAGAAUCCAGACUGUAGUUCCUGCUGCCGUGGUGACUUUGGACUUCGACUCUAUCAAGGUCCCCCAGGACCUCCUGGACCCCCUGGGAUGCCAGGAAAUCAUGGAAACAAUGGGAAUAAUGGAGCAACAGGUCAGGAAGGAGCCAAAGGUGAGAAAGGAGACAAAGGAGAUAUGGGACCAAGGGGAGAGCGUGGCCAUCAUGGACCCAAAGGAGAGAAGGGUUACCCUGGGAUUCCCCCAGAGCUACAGGUGGCAUUCAUGGCUUCCAUGGCUACUCACUUCAGCAACCAGAACAGUGGGAUCAUCUUCAGUAGUGUUGAAACCAACGUUGGAAAUUUUUUUGAUGUCAUGACUGGCAGAUUUGGUGCUCCUGUGAAUGGGGUAUAUUUCUUCACCUUCAAUAUGAUGAAACAUGAAGAUGUGGAGGAAGUGUAUGUGUACCUAAUGCAUAAUGGUAAUACAGUUUUCAGCCUAUAUAGCUAUGAAUCAAAAGGGAAAGCAGACACUUCAGGAAACAGUGCAGUGCUAAAACUUGCCAAAGGAGAUGAAGUUUGGCUGCGGAUGGGGAAUGGAGCCCUCCAUGGGGACCAUCAACGCUUCUCUACCUUUGCUGGGUUUCUUCUUUUUGAAACCAAAUAGAAAAAGAAACAACCCGUAGAUGUUUAUCUGAGGAAACAUUCUGAAACUGGUAUUUUUCUAUGUACUGUGGAACAGCAUUACAACAUUGAAAGAUCAAGAAGGCUUGUUUUGAUGCAAUACAUUGCUAUUUUUUAAAUCAAAGACGAGGUAGAUACAUUGUUUUAGCUUUAUAGAUUUGUGUAAGAUCUAUUGCCAUCUGGGUUGCAUCCAGCAAAUUGUCAAAUGAGGCUAUUGCUCUCUUUUCCAAAAAAACUGAAAAAAAAAAAGAAAGGGAGUUUAAAUA